UCAGAAGAAAAUGCAAAUAAAAUGAAGAAAAUAUAUGGAGAAUUCUGUAGCCACCACAAAGAAGCAGUCAGCCUCUUUAAAGAACUCCAGCAGAAUAAAAAAUUUCAAAAUUUUAUUAAGCUCCGAAAUAGCAAUCUUUUGGCUCGACGCCGAGGAAUUCCAGAGUGUAUUCUGUUGGUCACUCAGCGCAUCACAAAAUACCCUGUCUUGGUGGAAAGGAUAUUGCAGUACACAAAGGAAAGAACUGAAGAACAUAAAGACUUAUGCAAAGCCCUUUGCUUAAUUAAGGACAUGAUUGCAGCCGUGGAUUUGAAAGUCAGCGAAUAUGAGAAAAAACAAAAAUGGCUUGAGAUUCUAAAUAAGAUUGAAAACAAAACAUAUACAAAGCUCAAAAACGGCCAUGUGUUCAGGAAGCAGACGCUGAUAAGUAAAGAAAGGACUCUAUUAUAUGAUGGCCUUGUUUAUUGGAAAACUGCUACGGGUCGUUUCAAAGAUAUUCUAGCUCUACUUCUAACUGAUGUGCUGCUCUUUUUGCAAGAGAAAGACCAGAAGUACAUCUUUGCAGCUGUUGAUCAAAAGCCAUCCGUUAUUUCCCUUCAGAAGCUUAUUGCUAGAGAAGUUGCUAAUGAGGAGAGAGGGAUGUUUCUCAUCAGUGCCUCUUCUGCUGGUCCUGAGAUGUAUGAAAUUCAUACUAAUUCCAAGGAGGAACGAAAUAACUGGAUGAGACGGAUCCAGCAGGCAGUAGAAAGUUGCCCAGAAGAAGAAGGGGGAAGGACAAGCGAAUCUGAUGAGGAGAGGCGGAAAGCUGAAGCAAGAGUGGCCAAAAUUCAACAAUGUCAAGAAAUACUCAGUAACCAAGACCAACAAAUUUGCACAUAUUUGGAGGAGAAGUUGCACAUCUAUGCUGAACUUGGAGAAAUGAGUGGAUUUGAGGAUGUCCAUCUAGAGCCCCACCUCCUCAUUAAACCUGAUCCUGGAGAGCCUCCCCAGGCAGCCUCAUUAUUGGCAGCAGCACUGAAGGAAGCGGAGAGUCUGCAGGUUGCAGUGAAGGCCUCCCAGGUGGGCGAUGCGUGUCAGUCAUCUGAGGAAGAUGGUGGAGAAGCUGCCUCGGACCCGCUCCAUUCUCUGGAGGCUCCGGGAUCACCCACCGCUUCACUAGUCACAGAAGGGGCUGAAGGAAGAGGCUGUUGGGAUGUGGAUCCCGGGACCCAGGGUGUGGGAACCGACCUGGCGGUCUCUGAUGCAGGGGAGAAGGUGGAAUAUAGACAUUUUCCAGUCUCUUCACAGUCAGAGAUUAUACAAGCGAUACAGAAUUUGACCCGUCUCUUAUACAGCCUUCAGGCCGCCUUGACCAUCCAGGACAGCCACAUUGAGAUCCACAAGCUGGUCCUCCAGCAGCAGGAGAGCCUGUCCUCUGGCCCCUCUUUCCGAGGGAGCCCCUUUCAGGACCAGGAGAAGUCCCGCCACUUGGAGAAGCGGCGGGAGGAGCUGGCCAACAUCCACAAGCUCCAGCACCAGUUCCAGCAGGACCAGCGCCGCUGGCACCGCAGGUGCGACCAGCAGCAGCGGGAGCAGGAGGCCCGGGCGAGCUGGCUGCAGGAACGCGAGCGGGAGUGCCAGUCGCAGGAGGAGCUAUUGCUCAGGAACCGUGGGGAACUGGACCAGCAGCUGCAGGAGUACCAGCAAAAUCUGGAGCGACUGAGGGAGGGCCAGCGCCUGGUGGAGCGGGAGAGGGAGAGGAUGAGGGCCCAGCAACACCUGCUGUGCAGCUGGAAACACAGCCGGCAGAGUAGCCUUCCUGCCGCCUUUUCUCCAGGAAGCAAGGAGGUCAUGGAACUUAAUCGAUCUGAGAGUUUAUGUCAUCAAAAUUCAUUCUUCAUCAAUGAAGCUUUAGUACAAAUGUCACUUAACACUUUCAGCAGAACAACUCCAUCAGGUAGCCAUCAGGAUGUCACUUGCCCCCUAAAUAUUUCUGAUUCUGAAUCGGUAAGGACUAGUCGAAGUCAAGUAGACCUUGAGACGGAAGUUGCUCAGCCCUCAGAUGUCAGUCCUGAACUGUGCACAGCUGCCGGGUCCUGCCACCAGAUACCUCCUCCCUACCAAAGCAGCAAGGAUUCUCGUAAAAAUGAUCGGGACACCUCUCAAACUGAAUGCCCUCCCACCCUCGACUCAGAUCCACACCGUCCUCCGCUGCAAACAUUUAUAGCAGAAGCAAAGCUCAAUCUGCAGACAGUGAGCAGACAAGAUGGGGAGACUGGAGAUGCAGCCGAAGAAAAUAUUGUUUACCUCUAAUUGUGUCGUCGUUAUUUUUCCAAACAAAACUGGCACUUUGGGGAGAAACUUUUUUCCUUUCCUAAUGUGUGUGAGUGUGUGUUAGUGUGUGUUAGUGACCAUCUGUGUCCAAAUUGCUUUAAGAGUAAUAUUUAAUAUUUCCUGCAAGGUCAUUUUUGGGGCAUGACUAAAUUAUGGAAAGCAGCUCUAUUUGUAUAAUAUUAACUUAUCACACCUAAUUUCAGAUUUCUGGAAGGGAAAUUAAGCAGAAGUAUUUAAAAAGUUUUAUGACUCUAAAGUAAAAUGCAUUAUACUGCAUUUUCUACUGGAUCUCCCUGGUUUUGGAAAUCCCUUUUAAAAUUUAAAUGAAGCAAUUUGGAUGGAAAGAGUGAAGUUCAUCAUGGGUGAACUUGUCCCAGUCACGGCAACUGAUUAUGGAGCGUGGCCCCGGUGCCCCAAAGGACCGGCAGAUGUGGGAAAUGUCUUCCCUCUUGCUAGUUUUUGUUUCAUUUCUCUUUGGGGCAUCAAAAUGGUUACUCUUGGUGGUGAUCUGUCACUGUCAUCAGUCACUACACAACCAGCUUGUCCUGCCUGGGUGGUCACUCUGCUAAAAAUACAGUUUGGACUCCAAGGGCCUGGGCCACCACAUACUUUGCAGACUCUCUUUCUCGGUGGUUCUACUGCUGCUGAGCUUCCAGGCCACAGUUCAGCAGCAACUUUCAACACAGCCCUGAGGCCCAACCCCAGCAAGUCAAAUCUGAUGUAAAUAGUGAAACUCCAGUAGAGUCGUCCUCCUCUAAGCUGCCCUGUCUCCCCCAUCCUAGGAACACCACCUCCACCACUCCACCCUGUGGAGUGGUUCUUUAGGGCAAAAUCUGCCCUCCCAGUUCAGCUCUCUGCCUGGCGUGCUCUACACAAAGCACACCAAGCCUUUAGUAUGAUAGGCGUCUGUGUGAGAAAAUAAACCAGGAAAUGUUUUUCAGCUCAUUCUUCAGAAAUAUUUGUAUAUGUUUUGGUCAGUGUCAAUAAAUAUCUUUUACCUCACUG